CCUUUGCUUGUCCUGUCGCUGACGGCUGGGCCGGCUGGCCAGCCGGGUUUGUAAGUGUCAGAGGUCGCUGGGCUGCCUCACAGCCGGGCGCUCGGGGAGAUGGACGGCUAGAGCCCGCGGCCCUCCGCCUCCUCCUCCUCCCUCGCCGCCAGCAUGUUCGGCCGCUCCCGCAGCUGGGUGGGCGGUGGGCACGGUAAGGCCGCCCGCAGCAUCCACUCCUUGGACCAUCUCAAGUAUAUGUAUCAUGUUUUGACCAAAAAUACCACAGUAACGGAUCACAACCGCAAUCUGUUAGUGGAGACUAUUCGUUCUAUAACUGAGAUCCUUAUAUGGGGAGAUCAGAAUGACAGCUCCGUGUUUGACUUUUUCUUAGAGAAGAACAUGUUUGUUUUCUUCUUGAACAUCCUGCGUCAGAAAUCUGGUCGUUAUGUAUGUGUACAGCUGCUGCAGACCUUGAACAUCCUCUUUGAAAAUAUUAGUCACGAGACAUCACUCUAUUAUUUGCUCUCUAAUAACUACGUAAAUUCUAUCAUUGUCCACAAAUUUGACUUUUCUGAUGAGGAGAUCAUGGCAUAUUAUAUCUCAUUUCUGAAAACGCUUUCCCUGAAACUCAACAAUCACACUGUACACUUUUUUUACAAUGAGCACACUAAUGAUUUUGCCUUAUAUACGGAGGCCAUUAAAUUUUUUAACCACCCAGAGAGCAUGGUCAGAAUUGCUGUCAGGACUAUAACUUUAAAUGUCUACAAAGUGUCAUUGGACAACCAGCCUAUGUUGCACUACAUUCGAGAUAAAACUGCUGUCCCCUACUUCUCCAACCUUGUUUGGUUUAUUGGGAGCCAUGUGAUAGAACUGGAUAACUGUGUGCAGACUGAUGAAGAGCACAGAAAUAAAGGCAAACUGAGUGAUUUGGUAGCAGAACAUCUGGAUCAUUUACAUUAUCUUAAUGAUAUCCUUAUCAUUAAUUGUGAAUUCUUAAAUGAUGUGCUCACAGACCACCUACUUAAUAGGCUGUUUCUGCCUCUCUAUGUGUAUUCAUUAGUAAAUCAAGAUAAGGGUGGGGAGCGUCCAAAAAUAAGUCUGCAAGUUUCUCUCUAUCUUCUCUCACAAGUUUUCCUGAUUAUACAUUAUGCACCUCUGGUGAACUCACUGGCUGAGGUUAUUCUUAAUGGGGACCUUUCAGUAUUCUCCUCAAAAGUUGAGCAAGAUAUCCAGAGAAGUUCAGCAAAAUCAAGCAUCAGAUGCUUCAUAAAACCUACAGAGACACUGGAGAGAUCUCUUGAAAUUAACAAGCAUAAGGGAAAGAAGAGGUUGCAAAAAAGACCCAACUAUAAAAAUGUUGGUGAAGAGGAGGAAGAGGAGAGAGGACUUGAGGAUACUCAAGAAGACCCAGAUAAGGCUAAAGGUACAGAGGGUAGUUCAAAAGGCAUCAAGGCAAGUGGAGAAAAUGAAGAAAUAGAGAUGGUAAUCAUGGAGCGGUGUAAGAUGUCAGAAUUAUCUAUCUCAACGGUGACAGAGCAGAAUACAACUGAUGAAGAAAAGAGUGCUGCUGCCUCUGGGAGUGAAAUGACAAACUGGAGCAGGCCUUUUCUCGAUAUGGUAUAUAAUGCACAGGACUGUGCUGAAGAUGAUUACUAUGCUCUCUUUGUACUUUGUCUUCUGUAUGCAAUGUCUCAAAAUAAAGGAAUUGACCCAGUCAAGCUGGAGAGAAUUCAGCUUCCAGCCCAGCAUGCUGAGGAGAAAAGCUCAUACAACCACGUGCUUGCAGAAAGGCUCAUCAGGAUAAUGAAUUAUGCUGCUCAACCAGAUGGCAAAGUUCGUCUGGCAACACUGGAACUGGGCUGUCUAUUACUAAAGCAGCUGGUAUUAUCUAAAAGUGGCAGUAUUAUAAAAGAUGUUCACCUUGCUUGCCUUGAGGGUGCAAGAGAAGAGAGUGUUCAUCUUCUGCGGCGCUUCUAUAAGGGAGAAGAGAUUUUUCUGGAUAUGUUUGAAGACGAAUACAGGAGUAUGACAAGUAAGCCCAUGAAUGUGGAGUACUUGAUGAUGGAUGCCUCCAUUCUGCUCCCACCAACGGGGACACCACUAACUGGUAUUGAUUUUGUGAAGAGACUGCCAUGUGGAGAUGUGGAAAGAACACGAAGAGCAAUCAGAGUUUUCUUCAUGCUCCGUUCACUGUCACUGCAUUUGCGAGACGAGCCAGAAACUCAGUUGCCAUUGACAAGGGAGGAGGAUCUAAUAAAAACAGAUGUUCUUGACUUGAAUAACAGCGAUUUAAUUGCUUGUACAGUGAUUACAAAAGAUGGAGGUCAAGUUCAGAGAUUUCUGGCUGUGGAUAUUUACCAGAUGAGUUUAGUUGAGCCAGAUGUUGCCAGACUGGGCUGGGGAGUAGUUAAAUUUGCGGGCCUUUUGCAGGACAUGCAGGUAACUGGAGUAGAAGAUGACAGCAGAGCUCUGAAUAUAAUAAUUCACAAACCUGCAUCUAGUCCGCAUUCUAAGCCCUUCCCCAUUCUUCAAGCCACAUUUAUUUUUUCUGAUCACAUUCGCUGUAUCAUUGCGAAGCAGCGUUUGGCAAAGGGCCGUAUCCAAGCUCGACGUAUGAAAAUGCAGAGAAUUGCGGCUCUCCUGGAUCUUCCCGUCCAGCCUUCAACUGAAGUGAUGGGUUUUGGACACAGCUCUGCAUCUGCAUCACAGCACCUGCCAUUUAGAUUUUACGACCAGUCACGGCGUGGCAGCUGUGACCCCGCUGUACAGCGAUCUGUUUUUGCAUCUGUUGACAAAGUCCCAGGUUUUGCAGUAGCCCAGUGUAUAAACCAGCCCAAUCCGUCACCGCUUUCAUCGCCAUCUCCUUCUUCCAGUGGCAGUGGGAGUACUGGACACUGUGAUUCAGUUACUGCCAGCUCCACUUCCACUCCUUCUGCAGCACACAGUCCGUCAGAUGACUCUUCAGCUCCUGAACAACCUCCCAUGACCUUUUCCAGUCAUAUGAUGAUGGUGGAUGAAACCUCUUCAGCUGCCUCGAAAUCUGGCAAGAACCCUGUAAAGAACCCUGAAGUGGAAACAGCUAACUUAUCCCCUAGCCUGAUUCCUGCACAACAGCCUACGAUAUCUCUAAUCUCCGAUGACAAUACAGAUGCACUGAGCGUAGAGUCACUCACACUGGUCCCACCGAUUGAUCCACACAGCAUUCAUACUUUCAGCUGCAUUCCUCAGUCUUCCUUGCCGUCUGAAGUUUGCGGAGUGACACAGGGAGAGGGUUCUGAUCAAAGUCAACAAGCAGACUCUGAUGAACAGUGAAGAAAAUGCAACUGACUGCUCUGUAUUUUCUUUUAAGUGAGGUGAUGGGGGCAUUAAUAAAGCCACAAAGGCCAGUUGGCUCAUGGGAAAGAGGCCAAUUACUCAGUAACUCAAUGUAUGGGCACUCUUUAAAAUAAACAUUAUACAGUCAGCAUUUUUGAAGGAAAUCUCUAUUGUAAUAUGGGAAAGUGAAGAAGCUUGGUUGGGCUGCCAGGGCUUCGUGAUGUUUUACUUCUCCAAAUACGGAGAGACAGCAUUUGCCAGAAAAAGGAAAUAUUUUAGGAUAUUAUAGUACAGAGAUGCUGUUUCCAUUUGAAACAGUUUUUUUCUCUUCUGUUGGUCUCAUUCAGCUUUUAGAGGUAUGGCAUAAAAACAGACUUGGCCACUUUCAGUAUUGUAUUCAUAGGAUUGUAAGCUUUAAUAUUGUAUCCUCUGUGUAAUAUUUAUUUCAGUGUUUGACUCAAGGCAACAUAAAUAUCAAGGAAAGAUUUUUUUUUAUUAAAAUGAAACAAACCCCUGAUAUAACAAUCAAAGGCUUAUUCAGGUUAAUAUAAGAUGAAUUUUUGAGAGGCAUGUUAUGUAGUUUUUUGCAUAACCAACUACAGAGGAAUGUGAAGUAUUUUAAGAUCCUGAUCUACAUUUUCUUAAGUGAUUGUUUUAGUCUGUCAGUUCACUUCUGACAGAGGCAAAUUGCUACAUCUGAGGGAUGGCAAAAUCCCUUCUGCAGAAGGACACUAUCUCUUUUUUAGAAACAGCCACAAGAGCUUGUGCUACAUACAAGUUUCCAUCUCCAAUGUAUCCAGGAAGGCACCUUACCCAGCUGAUAUAUCUCACUUUAGAAGGAUGAAACUCAAAAGGGAAUUUUUCUGUCUGGAGCCAGCUAACCCUGACGUUAACCAGAUUAAACUUUUCAGUGAAUGUCAAUCUGAUCUGAAGCCUAUCUGAUCUGUAGGUCCUGGUACAGAGAAGAUAGAAAUUAAAGAGAAAGCAUAAAUCUUGGCAGCAGUUUGGCAUGUUCUUUGCUGAAUUGAUUCAUACUUUAACAUGAAUAGAAUUUAACCACUCUCAAGUAAAUCUGAAGUGCAUUCAUUUCAAGUGGUGAUAAAACUAGCAGGGAAUAAUUAUUGCUGCAUAGAUGAUGAUGAUGAAAAGCAUUUCCUGGUUCUCAGAAAUUAACAAACACUUGUUUUUGCUUCUGUUUUUAUUUUAAUUAGCAACGGAGCCUGUGAUGUGAUUCUGUCCCUGUUGAAAUCAGGGAGAAUUUGCCAUUGCAUUCAGUGGUAACAAAGCUAGACUCCAGGCUUGUGUAGGAUUAAUUUGAAAAGCGCGUACCUAUCUUCCAUGCACCCUGCCACGGUUACACGAUUGUUUGGCCCUCAAUAAGGGAAUACUUGAGCAGGAUGUUUUAAAGGUUGUAUUUGUAUAUUUGACGCACCUCUGACUUUUGGUCUAACUUUGUUUGCCACUUGCUUUUCCAGGCUUGGUCCUUUGCAAAAUGCACACAUACAUAAUGUUAGAAGUGGUGGUGGAGCCAGUAAGUGUUUGUUCCCUUAGCAAAAUGCACACUUACAUAAUGUUAGAAGUGGUGGUGGAGCCAGUAACUGUUUGUUCCUAUGUUCAUAAUUGACUGAUUCAGAUCUGUUACACUGUCUGACUCCUUUUCACUCCUGUGGACUUCAGCAGGCAUUUAACCAGUCUAACUGAGAGUCUGAUCCUGCAAAUGCGAUGGCCCCAAGCCCCACAUGAAGUCUGAGAGUUGGGGGUUCUCAGCACCAUUCAGGAGAUGUUUAGCAACUUGUGGAACCAAACUCGGAUCAGAAUUUGGCCUUCAGGUGGAAUGGGAGCCCAUAUUUCUUUUGGACUAUUCUUAGACAUGGUAGUCGAAAGACCAUCUCAAAAAUGAUUACCUGCUUAUUUUGAAAGUCAUCUUUUGUGCUACAUGUGACAUUUCACUCGACCUAGAGCACAGAAAAUGCCAUAUUGCAAAGUGAACUGUUCUAAAUAGUGUUACUUUUAAAUGCAAAUUUGGGGUCUUUGUUAAAAGAAACAUUUACCUGACUUAAUUCAACUAGAAUGUAAUUUUAAAUUAACAGGCACAAAAUAGGCCAGUUAGCAAGCAAUGUACCUUCUUCCCUCUAAGCCAUAGUGCACACCAAGAGAUGGGACAAAGGAUUUUGUUUAAUAAGCUUACAGGAAAAAUAACACUUGAAAGGAAAGUGUCUUAGUCUCUGCUUCCAGGUACAUUGUGGUAGCUUUGAAAGCCAACAAUAUACUUGAAUUGUCCGCUGGAAGUUUUAAAGGGAAGAGGAGGGUGAAAACAUGUAUUGAUAAAGAGAAAACAGAAUAAAUGACUAAACAGUUAUGUCAUUCAAACAAUUGCUCAGACUGGUUUGUUUCUAAUCUGAAAACGUAUAUAAGAAUUGACAAUGCUUAAUGCUGCAUUAAGGAGAGUUCACUAUAUAAAACCCCUAUAGAUACUGAAAUGUAUCUUCUGGAAAUCUUUGAUCUGUUUACAAAUAUAGUGUAUUACUCAUCUGUUGUUCUUCGAAGAGUAUCAUAUCUAUCACUUAACAGAAAAGCUCAAGAGCUGUUUCCUUAGCCCCCUUUCGCUGUAAAAGGGAAGUAGAAAUGAGAAAGCAUUAGCACAGCAGCUGCUUUUUUUAAACAAGAAUUGAUUGAAUCAAUGUGUUCUCACUAUCGGCUUAACCAAAUCCUCACUGUUCUCCAAACAUAUGGGUCAAGCUUAAGGCUCAGUAUUUUCAGUGCAAUUCUGUGGGGUCUCUAAAGAGGAUCACUAUAAAAAUAGCAUGUGUAGAAAUGGACCAGAACAUAACACUGAAUUUUAACUCACUCAAAUGUGAGGAGAUGCUGCGAUCUUGUUGUGAAUUUUGGGGUUUGUUUCCAUCCUUUACUCAUGGCUCUUGCUGAAUGCUAACUAGAUAAAGCCCCUCAAAUUCCUCCCUGUGAGAUGAGACCAGCAAAGUCGUCAGUGGUAUAUUGAAUGUGACUUUCGCUGUUUCUUAGUCUAUUCGUCUCACAUGUAUUUUAUCAAAUCUGUACCAAGAUGCUGUAGUUCACAUGGGUUGUUCUCUCUCCUCACCUUUGCUCUGCCCCCAUCACACUGAUGGUCUUAGUAGUUUUCAAUGGACUGUAAGAAUAGAACCUAGAUUUUCAAUCUAACAGAGUAACUGCAACAUAUACUUAAGUAAUCUGGUGUAGGAAAAUAUCUAGAGAUACGGGGCCUGAUUCUGAUCUCCACUUCACCGGAGUCAAUAAGGAAUAAUUCUUCUGGAGUCAGUGGAGUUGUGUGUAUAAAACUGGUUUGAAGCCUCAUUCACUUUCCUGAGGCUUUUAAAAUUUUAAAUUUAGGAAAUUGUAUUUUUGGUUUCCUUUGUUGUUGGAUUCUGUGGAUUAAACCAUGCGCAGUAGAAAUGUUGUCAUUGUGUUAAUAGAUAGAUAGAUUCAUGGAAGAUAGGCCCAUCAAUGGCUGUU